UGCUCGAAAUCAGUAUCCUGAAUAAUCGUUACAUCUUAUCUCGACAAAUUAACAGUGUAAUCAUGAAUACAGCCAUCCUUCUUGGUUUAAUCGCUUGCAUUUGUUUUACCAGCGCAAGCAUACUGAAGGCCGAAAACGAAGAUGAAACUAGAUCAAUAUUAAGCAAUACCAUCAAUAGAACUGUCGAAUCCCUUAGAGUACAAAUUGCUAACUACGAUCCCCUGUUGCUCACGGACAAAUCCAUCUCCGUAUCUGAACUGGGUGACAUCAAUGUCAAAAAGGUGGAGGUCAGUGGAUUCUCUAACUUUGCCCUUACAUCGUUGUCAGCAAAUGCUCUAACAAGUAAUGUGGGAGGGACCUUGAGCUUACCUAAAGUGUCUGCUAAUAUUCAGUCUGCUACACUUUCAAGCGAAGCUCUUGAUGUUGAAGCUGAAGUUACAUCGUUGAGUGUUGAGCUGGUUGGUGCCACUGUCGAAUUUAGUUUUAGAUAUUCGGUGAGAACUCUCCAAUUAACGUCUCUUUCGAUAAUACCAAAAAUUCAAGGACUAGACUUGGAACUUAGAGGAUUCUUGAAUGGCCAAGCUUCUGAACUUAUUAUCACUUCUGAAGAAAUCGUCGAUUUUAUAAACGAGUUCCUGUCUGAUUACCAGGAUGCAAUCAGUUCUGCUUUGCAAACGGGAAUUAAUUACUUAUUACGAUUAGUUGGCUCACCCUCUUCUUAGUCAUCAUUGGAAUGAGACAAUAAGUACUCCCGCUAGUUAAUUUAAGAAACCACAGAUUUCAGUAUUUUUAUAAUACAUAAAAUUACUUAUAGUAAAUAAACGUUUAUGACAAUC